CAAAUAUAGAAAAGACAAAACUACGCUCAGCUGAAAUAUAUAAAUAAAAGCGCCUCUAAAAGUUUUCACUUUUCAUUAAAGUACUAUGAUGUAUGCAGACUAAUUAAAAAUAACUCUGAGUGAACGUGAACUUUUUGUUUGAUAAAAUUUAAAUUAAUUUUCGAAACAACUUUAGAAAUAGUGUCAACUGUGUACUUUAUCUAGCUAGCAAAAUAAACACAGGAUGUCGAGUUCAGUACCUCUAACAUUAGAUGAGCUAUCAAAAAUCCGCAAAGAUUUUUAUGCAGAACCAAAAAAUGAAUUGGCUCAGAAUGUUUGUACUCGAUAUGAUCCAUUCGAAGUAGCCAUCAACAGACGGAAGACAGAUACUUCACUUCAUGUUUUCAACCUUAAGAUUGAGACUGAAGGGAAACCUGUCACCAAUCAAGAGAGCUCCGGUCGAUGCUGGCUGUUUGCAGCACUCAACGUGAUGCGUUUGCCUUUCAUGAAGAAAUAUGGAAUUGAAGAAUUUGAAUUCUCACAAAGUUACCUGUUCUUUUGGGAUAAGAUUGAAAGAUCACAUUUCUGGUUGAACAACAUCGCGGAGACCGCUAAAAAGGGGGAGAAACUUGACGGAAGAGUUGUGAACUUCUUGCUCAAGGAUCCGGUCAACGACGGCGGCCAGUGGGACAUGCUGGUGAACCUCGUGAACAAAUACGGCUUAAUGCCGAAGAAGUGCUUCCCGGAGUCGUACAGCUCGAGGCGGAGUGUGCGCAUGAACGCGCUGCUGAGGACCAAGCUCCGUGAAUUCGCCAAAGAAUUGCGAGAAAAGGUAACGUCAGAUGCAUCCGACGACGAAAUACAGAACACGAUCAGUAAACAGAUGAUCGUCGUGUACAAUAUCGUAGCUAUAUGCUUGGGUAUACCCCCGGAGAAGUUCACGUACGAGUAUUACAAUAAGGACAAGGCGUACCAGGUCAUGGGUCCGCUGACGCCCCAGGAGUUCUACGCGCGGCACGUGAAGCCGCUGUACGACGUGGACGACAAGGUGUGCAUAGUAAACGAUCCACGAGAGAACAAUCCGUAUGGUCAUUUAUAUACGCUACAGUAUCUCGGUAAUAUGGUCGGAGGUCGAACGACUGUUUACAACAAUCAGCCCAUCGAAGUAUUGAUCAAGGCCGUUAAGGACAGCAUCCAGGGAGGCGAAGCUGUGUGGUUCGGGUGUGAAGUGACGAAGAGGUUCGAACGGAAGAACGGCCUGGAGGAUCUUGAAGCUCACGAUUAUCGUUUGGUCUUCAACACUGAGAUCCAGAUUGGGAUGCCGAAGGAGGACCGACUGCUGUACGGAGACUCGUGCAUGACGCACGCCAUGGUGUUCACGGCGGUCGGCCUCGAUGAGCAAGGCAACCCGCUGAAGUUCCGCGUCGAGAACUCUUCCAGCGACAAGGAGUACGAUAAAGGCUACCUGCUACUCACCGAGCCUUGGUUCAGAGAGUUUGUGUUUGAGGUCGUUGUAGACAAGAAGUACGUGUCGAAAGAAGUUCUAGAUGUGUUCAAACAAGAAUUAGUGGAAUUACCGGCCUGGGACCCCAUGGGGACGCUGGCGUGCCCGCUCUGCGCGGACGACUAGCAACGCGACUAGCGCCGCCACAUAUAUGGCUUAAUGGGUGGACGAGCUCAUAGUCCAUCCGGUGUUAAGUGGUUACCGGAGCCCAUAGACAUCUACAACGUAAAUGUCGCCACCCUCCUUGAGAUAUAAGUUCUAAGGUCUCAGUAUAGUUACAACGGCUGCCCCACCCUUCAAACCGAAACGCAUUACUGCUUCACGGCAGAAAUAGGCAAGGUGCCUACCCGCGCGGACUCACAAGAGGUUCUACCACCAGUGAAACCAGUAUUGUUCACUGGGCAAUCACAUUCCGCAGGGCUGUCCAAACUAUAGUACACCUUUACAGGCUAAUUAAAUUUAAUUCAAAUGCUGGAGAACCUCAAAAAAAUAGUUUUUUCAACUUUAAAAAAAAACAGGGUAAUAAUAAAUACUUUCCGGGAAAUCCCCUAAUAAUAAUCCCUUUUAAAUAAUGUCGUGGAUUUUUAUUUCAAAACAUUUAAUAAAAAUUUAUUAAAACAUGCGUCGCGGGCCGCGUGAAAAGUAACCAUGGGACUGUUAUCUAGACAGCCUUGACGUUAUGUACUGUUGAGAUUAAUGUAAUGCCGCCACGACUGGCGACUGACUUUUACUGCUGGUAGGACCUCUUGUGAGUCCGCACGGGCAGGUAUCACCGCCUUGCCUAUUUCUGCCGUGAAGCAAUAAUGCGUUUCGGUUUGAAGGGUGGAGUAGCCGUUGUAACUAUACUGAGACCUUAGAACUCAUAUCUCAAGGUGGGUGGCGGCAUUUACGUUGUAGAUUGUCUAUGUGCUCCAGUAACCAUUUGACUCCAGGUGGGCUGUGAGCUCGUCCACCCAUCUAAGCAAUAAAAAAUAAAAAAAACUUACCAUGGGUAGUCGUUGUUUUUGGCACGAACGCGACAACUGAAGCUUUAUGAAUUGUUUUAUUCUAUUAAUUUUGUAUUACUUCAAGUUUAAACGUGUUAUAACUGUGGUUUAAUAAUGAUAAUUAUUAUUUCGUGUGUAUAAAUCAUAUUAAAACUCAUGCUAUUGUAUUCGACAAGUAAAAAAAUAAAGUCGAUUAUAAAGAAAUAUGGCAACACCUUCACAAGAAUAUGUACGCAGCGUCAAUAUUAACUUACACUAAUCUGUUUUUUUUUAAUACUAUUCAUUCGUGUCGAAAACAUUUUCAAUAUAGGAGAAUGAGGCAGUAUUCACUUUAAUUUUCAUUAAUAACUUUACUUUGGGAAUGAAUCCUUAAAAUUAUGCUUGUGCUAUAAAUAUAUAUAUAUUUUUUAUAAUUGAGGGAUUUCACCCCUCUGUAUCGUAAUAGAGCUAAAUAUUACAUUGUGUUUCUUCUUAACGUUAAUAGUUAAAAAGAACAUACACGUUAGUUAGGUCAAUAUUAAAAAUCAUUACCGUAUCGUUUGAAGUUUGCCUUUGUCGCCAAAACUACUUUUGAGAAUCUCAGAUGUUGUUCUAAUCUGUUUGAUAAAUGUGUCUACAGAAGAAUCAUGAAUAAACGUUACAUUUUACUUUUUGUGUUCAGCCGAGUUACCAAAACCCAUUGUUUAUUUAGAUACAUAAUAGAGUUUCGUAACAAACUUCUGUUGCGUCUGGCUUGGUUUGCAAUAAAUGCGACCAAUUUUUUAUUAAUAUAAAUAAACUAUGUAAGUUUUGUC